CCCUCGUCUCGUCUCUUCCGUCUCUCGCCGCCGCCGCCCCUUGCACAGUCCGAUUCGACUUCAUCCCCGACUCCGACUCCGACUCCGAUUUCCGCUAGCUAGCUCGUCUCCUCUCACUUCCCGGAGCUCAGCGAGGAGGGAGAUGUCAUCGUCUGACUACGAUUACUUUGAGGGGUCCCUGGUGGCGGACGCAUCCCUGCAUCCGCCCAUCCACGGCGAAGGCCCGGAUGAUGGGGCCCCGAUGCCGGGCUCGAUCCUCCUCGACUUCAAGGCCUACAUCGACCAGCGCCGCAACGCCACCUCUGCCCACUCCAAGACGAGGGACGGCCACAGCAUCCAUGUCACAUUCUGGCCGGCCCACCCGCCGCGCGUCUCCUAUUUCUCCGUCUGCUGCCCUGACCUGGAGCCCGGCGACUUCGCCGAGGAGCCCGUCAUCGUGGCCGCGGAGGACGACCUCGUCCUCCUCCGCCUUUUCCUGGGCCCUCGGAGCGCCACCGCCGAGCGCGACAGGGUCGACUACUUCAUCUACAAGGCCGGCGGCGGGAUGCCGUCGCUGGAGCUGCUCAAGCACCCGGGCCCCUCCCGCAUCUUCGACGACCGCCAUGUCGGCCUCCUGCGCUGCCGCUCCCCCACGAGCGACGACAGCCACAGCAAGCCCAUCCUGCGCCCCCACGGCUCCAAAGAUGACGGCUUCUACAUCGUCGCCGCGCUCUGUUACGGGCCGAUGGUGCCCGGAUACUACGACCUCCACACCUAUGACUCCAGGACCAAGGAUUGGGCCACCAAGACGGCCUUGAUGCGCCAGGAGCAGGUGCGCGGCCAUCACUCUUCCCAUUGUAACAGCAAGGUGAUUGUGGUCGGGGGAAGGGCCGGCACCAUGGGCUGGGUUGAUCUCUGGCGGGGCAUCCUCUUCUGCGACGUCCUUCUCCAGGACCAACCCUUGGGGCUCCGCUUCGUCGCGUUGCCAGCGCCGAUCAAACCUGACAGGAAACUGAAAGGCUGCCCGAGGAUAGCCCGGGACAUUGCCGUCAUCAAAGGUUGCAUCAAGUAUGUUGAGCUUCAGACACACGUCAGGCCGGGCUCAGCCGUCGAUGGCAACUUCAUUGCCGAUGAUUGGACAGCUGCCACAUGGAGCAGGAAGGCUACUACCAAGUCUUUAGAGAAGGGUUCUUGGCAACCCGGCUGCAAGGUCCGUGCUUCUCAGAUCUCUGCCAAAAAGAAUCCGGUGCAAUUUGAGUCGCUGCCUAAGCUGCUCGACGAUCAAGGCACGCCUCAGCGAACCUUGGAGAGACUCCACACUGCUCAUCCCACACUCAGCUUGCAUGAAGAUAAUGUUGUCUACCUCAUGACUAAGAUCCACUACCUAAAGGACACCAAAGCAUGGGUGCUUGCUAUCGACGCAAGAAAGAAGACACUACAAGGAGUUGCUGAGUUUGAUGCACGAAUAACUUUCGGCAUGAGUUUCACCUGCAUGUGCAGCAGUAUAUCCGAACAUCUGCAUUUGGCUCCAGCUACAAAGGGUCACUUGAAACGAUCAGGUAUGCCGAUGCGGCAAUCCUCUCUCAAGAAGCUGGCUGGAAUCGCUCUGAUGGAUUUGCCAGCCAGGGAUGGUGAACAAAAGCACCAGGAUACGGCAGAAGGAUCGAGUGUGGGAGCACUAGAUGGGGUCUGACAGCUCUGGACGCCGCAAUUGUCGCUGGAUCCGGUGGGGUAGCAAAGAAAUCGACAUGGUUCGUGAGGAGGCACAGACAACCAUGGUGCACACGACAUAAAUGCCUCCGACGACACCGAGCAGGCUACUCCGGCAACGACUCCAUUGGCGACAGGAUGGCAGGACCGGAAGCUAGGGAGGAAAAGGAGAGGCGGAUGGCGGUGGCGGAGGCGGCGGCAACCGUUAGCCGGGUGGAGGCGCAUACCCUCUUACGCGUAGAAGAGUUGGGGUGCAAUUUGUGCAAGCGAGGUGGGGGCCGGCACACUAGAACGGGUGAGAUCAUGGGAGUCGGGACGGGCGUGGGAUUCACGAGAUUCAAGGUGAGUGUCAGAUUCAUAGGAUUCAGGGUGUUAAAAACUUUUUAAGUAAUAGAGAUAGAAAGAGCUAAUUCUAGUGUACUCACUGGAAAUGAACUACUUGGUCGGCCCAUUUGUGCCCCAACAGAAAUAUGUGCAUUUUAACGUCAUGACUUGUAUGAUCAUGCAUGCUCCAUACAAGGCGCCGGCGGCCAAACUUUCUCCGGCC